UUCUCUUCCAAAAAAGAAAGAAAAAAGUAUUAGGGUGGUAUUGUACACGCGCAGCGACCGGAACCAAAACUUCCAGUAUGAGUGAAGAAACGCCAUUAUCCUUCGCCCCGCCUGCAAACCCUAAUUAAUCUCCAUCAUUUCUCCAUUACUAUCGUCCAUGAAAUUCCCUCCUCUCAUCAUUAAGUACUCACAUUUCAUCAGCGUCUAGGGUUUUCAAAUCCCCAAAUUUAAUUUUUUUCCUAAGAAACAAAUAAUGUCUCUCCCUCCUAUAGAUUGUAUAUACGUCAGAGAAGAUUAUAUUCGCGAAUGGAAAAGCGGUAGCUCUAGCUUUCGCGUCCCUGACCCCGUCCCUAUGCUUCGAUUCCUUUACGAGCUCUGCUGGACCAUGGUUCGAGGAGAACUGCCGUAUCUGAAGUGUAAAGCGGCUUUAGAGUCUGUAGAAUAUACAGAGAGUGUGUCUGCUAGAGUGUUGGCUUCCACUUUUGCUGAUAUUGUUACGCAGAUGGCUCAGGAUCUUACAAUGCCUGGAGAAUACCGAGCUCGGCUCAUAAAGUUGGCAAAGUGGCUGGUGGAAUCUUCACUUGUCCCAUUGAGGUUUUUUCAAGAGCGUUGCGAGGAGGAAUUUCUCUGGGAGGCUGAGAUGAUAAAGAUAAAAGCGCAGGAUUUAAAGGGGAAAGAGGUCAGAGUAAACACUCGUCUACUUUAUCAGCAAACAAAAUUUAAUCUUGUCAGAGAAGAAAGUGAGGGCUAUGCCAAACUGGUUACCCUUCUAUGUCAAGGCUAUGACAAUGUAAAUUCAAAUGCAUCAGCAGCAACAAUAGGCAUCAUUAAGUCAUUAAUUGGGCAUUUUGAUUUAGAUCCAAACCGUGUUUUUGAUAUUGUUUUGGAGUGUUUUGAACUUCAGCCUGACAACAACAUUUUUUUGGACCUGAUCCCUAUCUUUCCCAAGUCUCAUGCCUCACAAAUUCUUGGUUUCAAGUUCCAAUAUUAUCAGAGAUUGGAAGUAAAUAGUCCUGUACCGUUUGGGCUCUAUAAGCUUACUGCUUUGCUGGUGAAGGAAGAGUUCAUUGACCUUGAUAGCAUCUAUUCUCAUCUACUUCCUAGGGAUGAUGAGGCCUUUGAGCAUUAUGUUGCUUUUUCUUCCAAGCGCUUGGAUGAGGCAAACAAAAUCGGAAAAAUAAAUCUGGCUGCUACUGGGAAGGACCUCAUGGAGGAUGAGAAACAAGGAGAUGUUACAGUAGAUCUUUUUGCCGCUUUGGAUAUGGAAACUGAUGCUGUAGCUGAAAGGUUAUCAGAGCUUGAAAACAGUCAGACUCUGGGCCUGCUUACUGGUUUUCUUUCUGUGGAUGACUGGUUUCAUGCUCACAUAUUGUUUGAUCGUCUCUCUCUGCUAAACCCCGUGGGACAUGUGCAAAUAUGUAAAGGGUUAUUUAGGCUCAUUGAGAAGUCAAUCUCAGCAGCUUAUGAUAUCAUUCAUCAGACUCACGUCCAAAAUUUGGAGUCUUCUUCAGGAGUUGGCUGUAGUUCUAUGGACACCAGCAUUGCACUUGCCCAUAGGUCCGUCAUUGAUCUACCCAAGGAGCUUUUUCAGAUGCUAACGACUGUUGGACCUUAUCUCUAUCGUGAUACAAUAUUGCUGCAGAAGGUUUGUAGGGUAUUGAGGGGUUACUACUUGUUUGCACUCGAGCUUAUUGGUGGCAUUGAUGGAGGUACAAGUAAGGAAUCUGUUUCUAUGGGAAAUCCUCGUGUUCACCUGAGAGAAGCUAAGUCAAGGGUAGAGGAAGCAUUGGGGACAUGUCUACUUCCUUCUCUGCAGUUAAUACCUGCAAACCCAGCAGUUGGGCAGGAGAUAUGGGAAGUGAUGAGUCUCCUUCCAUAUGAGGUGCGGUAUCGUUUAUAUGGUGAAUGGGAGAAAGAUGAUGAACAGAAUCCAAUGGUUUUGGCUGCAAGGCAAACAGCAAAACUGGACACCAGAAGGAUACUGAAGAGGCUUGCAAAGGAAAAUUUGAAGCAGCUGGGACGGAUGGUUGCAAAACUUGCUCAUGCAAAUCCAAUGACUGUACUUCGAACUAUUGUUCACCAGAUUGAGGCAUAUAGGGAUAUGAUUGCCCCCGUUGUAGAUGCUUUCAAGUAUUUGACACAGCUUGAGUAUGACAUCUUGGAAUAUGUUGUGAUUGAGCGCCUGGCUCAAGGAGGUCGUGAUAAGCUGAAGGAUGAUGGGCUUAAUUUGUCAGAUUGGCUUCAAUCAUUGGCUUCAUUUUGGGGUCACCUGUGCAAGAAGUAUCCAUCUAUGGAACUGAGAGGCCUUUUUCAGUAUCUUGUCAACCAGCUUAAAAAGGGUCAGGGAAUUGAGCUUGUACUUCUACAGGAGCUUGUUCAUCAAAUGGCUAAUGUUCAGUACACGGAGAACCUUACAGAGGAACAAUUAGAUGCGAUGGCAGGGAGUGAGACACUCCGUUAUCAGGCUACUUCUUUUGGAGUUACACGAAAUAACAAGGCUUUAAUCAAAUCUACUAACAGGCUAAGGGACUCCUUGCUUCCUAAGGAUGAACCGAGGCUGGCGAUUCCUCUUUUGUUACUUAUUGCUCAACACCGUUCUGUGGUUGUCAUUAGUGCAGGGGCACCUUACAUUAAAAUGGUUAGUGAGCAGUUCGAUAGAUGCCAUGGAACUCUUCUUCAAUAUGUAGAAUUCCUUUGCAGUGCAGUUACACCAGCCACUGGUUAUGCGAAGCUGAUUCCAUCUCUCGAUGAUCUUGUUCACCUUUACCACCUUGAUCCAGAGGUUGCUUUUUUAAUUUACCGCCCUGUGAUGAGGCUCUUCAAGUGUGUGGGAAAUUCUGAUGUUUUCUGGCCCCUGGAUGACAAUGAUGCUGUGAGCACUGUAGAUUCUGAACAAACAGAAAGUUCUGGCAAUGUGAUUCUGGAUCUUGGCUCUUCUCAGAAGCCUAUAAUGUGGUCAGAUCUUCUUGAGACUGUGAAGACAAUGUUGCCAUCAAAAGCCUGGAAUAGCCUGUCACCUGAUCUCUAUGCAACAUUUUGGGGCCUCACGUUGUAUGAUCUGUAUGUUCCUAGAGAUCGUUAUGAGUCUGAAAUUGCGAAGCAGCAUGCAGCUCUUAAAGCAUUGGAAGAGCUUUCUGAUAAUUCAAGUUCUGCAAUCAGCAAAAGGAAGAAAGACAAGGAAAGGAUCCAAGAAUCUUUAGAUCGUUUGACUAGUGAACUCCAUAAGCAUGAAGAAAAUGUUGCUUCAGUUCGCAGACGACUUUCUCGUGAAAAGGAUAAAUGGUUGAGUUCCUGCCCCGAUACUCUGAAAAUCAACAUGGAGUUUCUUCAGCGCUGUAUUUUCCCACGUUGUACUUUCAGUAUGCCGGAUGCUGUUUAUUGUGCUAUGUUUGUGCAUACUCUGCAUUCGCUGGGGACCCCAUUUUUCAACACAGUAAACCACAUUGAUGUUCUGAUAUGCAAAACUUUGCAGCCUAUGAUUUGCUGUUGCACUGAAUAUGAAGCAGGUAGACUUGGGAAAUUUUUGCACGAGACAUUAAAGAUUGCUUACUACUGGAAGAGUGAUGAAUCAAUUUAUGAACGUGAGUGUGGGAACAUGCCAGGCUUUGCUGUGUAUUAUAGAUUUCCAAACAGCCAACGCGUUACAUAUGGCCAGUUCAUUAAGGUACACUGGAAAUGGAGUCAAAGAAUCUCACGGUUGCUGAUUCAGUGCUUGGAAUCAACUGAAUACAUGGAAAUUCGGAAUGCACUUAUUUUGUUGACAAAGAUUUCUGGUGUUUUUCCAGUUACUAAAAGGAGUGGGAUUAACCUUGAAAAGAGGGUAGCCAGAAUUAAAAGUGAUGAAAGAGAGGAUCUUAAGGUGUUGGCAACUAGUGUUGCUUCAGCUUUGGCUGCUAGAAAGCCUUCUUGGGUCACAGAUGAAGAAUUUGGUAUGGGAUAUCUUGACAUAAGGCCUCCAGCUGCUUCAAAGUCUGUGUCUGGUAAUAUAUCUGUUGGCCAGAAUAGUUCUGGCCUUAAUGCCUCUCAGGGCGAAUCAGCUGGCGGACGAGCUGUUAGCACUACAACUCAACAUGGAGAUGUUGGGAAUUCGGCCAAAGAACAUAUUUCUAGAGCAAAACCUGCAGAUAAACAAGAAAGUGUGUCAUAUGUGAAAUCUGAUUCAGUAAACCAAAAAGUAAAAGGUGGAUCACUGGUGAUUCAGUCAGACCUUCAGUCAUCUGCUGCUUUAGUUACUGGACAAGCUGGAGCAUCAAGAUCAGCAGAGAAUCAAAAGCAAAUGAGUGAAUCGCCAAUUAUAAUACCAGAUGCCCCAAAAAACUCUGCAGAGUCUGAGUCAAAAGCUUCAGGCAAACGGGCAAUGCCUGCUGGAUCAGUCAAAACGCCAAGACAAGAUGUUGCAAAAGAUGACUUAAAAUCAGGAAAAACAGUGGGCAGAGUUCCUGUUGCAUCCUCCAGUGACAAAGAUAUGCCUUCCCAUUUAUCAGAAAGCAGGCUGGGAAAUGGUACCAAUGUUUCUUCCACAGGCACUUCCAAUGGUAAUGCCUUUCCAGCAUCAACUAAAGGCUUCAAUUCAUCUACACGAACCUCUGAUGGUCAUGGUAGUGAACUAAAGGCAGAUGGAGCAGCCAAAUCAGUGGUAAAAGAUGAUGCAACUGAAGUUGGUGAUGUCCAGAAGCCCCCUUCUCGAGUUGUUCAUUCUCCAAGGCACGAUGGUUCCUUCGCAUCAUCAUCAAAGUCUAGUGAUAAGUUACAAAAGAGAGCAAGCCCUGGGGAUGAUCCCGACAGAUUAAGCAAACGCCGAAAAGGUGAUACUGAAUUGAGAGAUUUAGAUGGUGAUAUUCGAUUCUCUGAUAGAGAGAGGCCUAUGGAUUCUCGGUUAGUUGAUCUUGACAAAAUUGGAAGUGAUGAACGUGUACAUAGGAGCAUGGAUAAACCUUUAGAUAGGUCAAAAGAUAAAGGUAUGGAGAGAUAUGACAGGGACCAUAGAGAAAGAUCAGAGCGACCUGAUAAAUCUCGUGGAGAUGAUAUUUUAGUUGAAAGACCAAGGGAUAGGUCAAUGGAGCGAUAUGGAAGAGAGCGCUCAGUUGAGAGAGGGCAAGAGAGAGGAGGUGCUGAUAGGAGUUUCGACAGAUUCUCUGACAAAACAAAAGAUGAAAGAAACAAGGAUAAAGUACGCUAUGGUGAUACAUCUGUAGAAAAAUUGCACGAUGAUCGAUUUUAUGGGCAAAACUUGCCUCCACCACCACCCUUGCCUCCUCAUGUGGUUCCCCAGUCUGUUACUGCUAGUAGAAGAGAUGAAGAUGCUGAUAGAAGGAUUGGAUCUGCCCGGCAUUCUCUAAGGCUAUCUCCAAGGCACGAUGAGAAAGAAAGAAGACGCUCAGAAGAAAAUUCUUUGGUUUCACAAGAUGAUGUAAAACGCGGAAGAGAUGAUAAUUUUCGUGAUAGGAAGCGAGAUGAACGAGAGGGAUUGGCAAUGAAGGUGGAGGACAGGGAGAGGGACAGAGAGAGAGAAAAAGUCCCUUUGAAAGAUGACAUAGAUGUUGGUGCAGCCUCUAAAAGACGGAAACUUAAAAGAGAGCAUAUGCCAUCAGGGGAAGCGGGCGAGUAUUCUCCAGUUGCUCCACCACCUCCACCUCUAGCUAUCAGCAUGUCACAAUCGUACGACGGAAGAGAAAGGGGAGAUAGAGGAGCCUUGAUUCAGCGUGCAGGUUACUUGGAGGAACCUCCAAUGCGAAUUCAUGGUAAAGAAGUAGCUGGCAAGAUGACUCGUCGUGAUGCUGAUCCGAUGUAUGACCGAGAAUGGGAUGAUGAUAAGAGGCAAAGAGGAGCAGAACAGAAGCGGAGGCACAGGAAAUAGUGUCAUGGACGGCGGAUGAUGAUCAACAGCUGAGACUUAGUGCGAUGGACAAUGGAGUGAGACUUGCUGAUUAAUUAAAUUCAUCAAAACGGGAACUUGAAUUCUCAUUGAUAUUUCUCUUUCCUGCUGACUUGUAAGAGACUAGCUCUUUAUAUUUCUUCUUUUUAGGUUUUUACUAGAAUCUUUGAUGAAAUGGAAAAUGAGAUUGACAUCCAUUUUGUAUAAUUGUGAGUACUGUAUCAUAUUUAUUAGAUAUUUUUUCCCUUUCAAGUCGAAAUGAAAAAUGUAAAUACAAAUUUUGUA